AUGGAGGCCAUCUGGCUCUAUCAGUUCCGCCUCAUCGUGAUCGGCGACUCCACCGUGGGCAAGUCCUGCCUGAUCCGCCGCUUCACCGAGGGCCGCUUCGCUCAGGUGUCGGACCCCACGGUGGGCGUGGACUUCUUCUCCCGACUGGUGGAGAUCGAGCCGGGCAAGCGGAUCAAGCUGCAGAUUUGGGACACCGCCGGCCAGGAGCGAUUCAGGUCCAUCACUCGGGCCUACUACCGCAACUCUGUGGGCGGGCUGCUCCUGUUCGACAUCACCAAUCGCCGCUCCUUCCAGAACGUUCACGAGUGGCUGGAGGAGGCCAGAAGUCACGUGCAACCGCACAGCAUCGUCUUCCUGCUGGUGGGGCACAAGUGUGAUUUGGAAGCGCAGCGGCAGGUGAGCCGGCAGGAGGCCGAACGACUGGCGGGCGUGUACGGCAUGCGCUACAUCGAGACGUCGGCGCGCGACGCCAUCAACGUGGAACGCGCCUUCACCGAGCUGACCAAAGACAUCUUCACACUGGUGCGCUCCGGCGAUAUCACCAUCCAGGAGGGCUGGGAGGGCGUCAAGAGCGGCUUCGUCCCCAACGUAGUCCACUCCUCCGAGGAGGUGACCAAGAGCGACCGCCGCUGCCUCUGUUGA